UUCACAGUUGUUUUGGAUAACUGCAUAAACCACACAACAUGUGUAGCAACAAAGUGUAGCAUGUGCCCAUCUCUCUAGCCUGCCACGACGUCAACAACGAGCCUGAGACAUGGAGACAGUCUUAUUUAAAUCGUUUUCUCUCAUGUUGGCUUGAGUAUUCACAUCAGUAUUCACGAUGAUUCCCGUUCCGCUGGUGGUCUGUGUGCUGGGAGGUUGGUGCGCCGUCUACCUCACUGACUCGGUCCUAAAGUCUUCUGGGAAACACCGGAACAGCUACGAGGCAUGGCUUGGCAGCCACGGGGUCACGUUGUCCCCGUUCCAACUCCGGUGGCAGACUACCAUGUUCAACCGUCUGUUUGCCUACUGUGCCCGAAUCAACCCGCAUGCUCUCUACCUAUGGUUCAGCAGUGGGGUGGUGUUUGGGGUGGUGGCCAUGGUGGGCUCGGUGGUGCUGCUGGCCCGGACCCUGCAGCAGACCCUGGCCCAGAUGACAUCCGACAGCCCCCGGAUGGCCGGGCAGCAGGCGUUGCAAGUGGUGAUCCCAGGGGUCAACCUGCCCACCAGUCAGCUACUCUACUUCUUCAGCGCCCUGCUGCUGAGCGGGGUCAUCCAUGAGCUGGGCCACGCCGUAGCCGCCCUCCGGGAGCAGGUGAGGGUGAACGGCUUCGGGAUGUUUGUGUUCGUGGUGUACCCCGGGGCGUUCGUGGACCUCUUCACCACCCACCUCACCCUGGUCUCCCCCACCCAACAGCUGCGUAUCUUCUGCGCUGGGGUGUGGCAUAACUUUGUCCUGUGUCUGGUGGCGCUGGGACUCCUCUUCCUGUUGCCCCUCCUUCUGUUUCCUGUGUACAGCACCGGGGGCGGAGCCCUGGUCACGGAGGUGGUGCAGGGGUCCCCAGCAGACGGCCCCCGGGGUCUGUCGGUGGGGGACAUCGUGACGGGCCUGGAGGAGUGUGGGGUCAGCGGGGCGGAGGACUGGGCCAGCUGCCUGUCCCUGCUCUCCCUCUCCCCCCAGACGGGGUACUGUAUCCCCGCCGCCAGCCUGCAGCCUAGCUGGGCCCACGGACGAGCCUACAAGCGCUUGGAUGGCUCUAUGGACUGCUGCAGCAACAACAGUCUGACUGACCUCUGCUUCUCCUACACCAGCCCACGGGACAAGGAGAAAGAGCCCUCCCGCCCUCAGUACGCCUGCAUGCCGGUGCGCAAGAUGGUGACGGGCACGCCGGUCUGCCGCCGCGACGCCGACUGCCUGGCCCAGGAGCACGCGGGCGCCAGCGUGUGUGUCACCCCGUCCCUGGAGAACCAGACGCGCUUCAUCCGCGUCACGCACCCCCCCAACACACACAUGCUGUUUGUGGGCUACCCCCCCCACCUGCAGUACUCCGUGAGCUUGACCAACUUUGUCCCUCGCUUCACCUUCCUCCACCUGGAUCUGCCCGUCUUCCUGGAGACCUUCUGCAAAUACGUGGUGUCCCUCUCCGGCGCCCUGGCCGUGGUCAACUCGGUGCCGUGCUUCGCGCUCGACGGCCAGUGGAUGCUCAACGCCCUGCUGGAGGCCACGCUGGUCUCCGUGGUAACGGAUCGCCAGCGCCGCGAGCUGAUUGGCUUCUUCCUGCUGCUGGGCGGCAGCGCGCUGCUGGCGGCCAACGUGGCGCUGGGUCUGUGGAUGGUCACCGCCCGCUAGUCCACGCCCCCUUUCCCCCGCCCCAAGCCCCGCCCCUAAGAGUGGAUCUGUAGUUCUGUGGGGACUGUUUGACUGUCAAGUUGCGAUCUAGGACUACGUUUCCCAUCCACCCGGCACCUCUCCCAGCGCGCUCCCACUGCCUUCUGCCUUUUGUGGUUUUCACUUCCAAGAAAAAAAAUAAAAUUAAAAAAAAUAUUUACUAAGAGCUUUGAUUUCACGCACACACACACACACACACACACAUGCACAUAAACACAGGCACACACACAUAUUUACACUCACUCGCACACACCCACACACACAAAAGUGUACACACGCACACAUUUACAUGCACACACACCUACAAGGCACACACACACACACACAUAAACACACGUACACAAUCCCGUUGUAUGCACAUACUCUUCAAUAUGCAGCCAUACUUAAAGUCAACUCCUAUUAAGGACUGUUUACAAGAACUGCAGAGUCCGUGUGAAAUUGUUAUAUUUGUAUAUAUUUGAAUGAGGGUUUUAAUUUUGCCACUGUACCAAGGAUUUUACUUGUGGAUGGCGAAAAUAUGUUAGUGCUACCGUAAACCAGAAUCUGCAUAUUCAUCAAGUUGACUUCGAAUCUCAAUAUCGUUGGAAUCAAGAAAGACUUCGACAUUGAUCCUUUGUUGAGAACAUUCCUUUUUGUCCUAAGUCUGAUCUAGUCAUGCCAAUAAACGCAUCCCAGGGCCUCCCACCAGAUGGAACCGCU